CUCUCUCUCUCUCUCGUAGUUGCAUACCAGCCAAUGUUGGUGCCAUGUAGAAUUCGAGCCAUGGCCUUCAAUGGUCUCUACCUCAACUGUUCCUUCCUGCUGCUUCUGACACUCCUUGUUCUCGCAGCUCAUCUCGGUUCCUCCCCUCGAAGCCUUCGCCAACCCAUCAAACAAGAUGGUUGCGAAGGCCUGCGCAGGAUCAACGACCAUGAAGCCAUUUGCUCCUACCUCAAGACACAUGAGCAGGCCUGUGUGCCCCAAGGCUUCAUAGAUUACCUCCGAAUAUUUUACUGCGCUUCCGGCGGCUGCCCUCCUCUGGGUUACGCUCUUCUCCUCCUGUGGCUGUUGCUGCUCUUCUACUUGCUGGGGAACACCGCUUCCCAUUACUUCUGCUCGUCCUUAGAGGGCCUGUCGGGGGUGCUGAGGCUGCCUCCUACCAUUGCCGGCGUCACGCUGUUGUCCCUCGGCAACGGCGCGCCGGACGUCUUCUCGAGCAUCGUGUCCUUCGCGGGCUCUGGCGUCGGCGACGUCGGCCUCAGCAGCGUGCUCGGCGGCGCAUUCUUCGUUUCGAGCGUGGUGGCGGGGAUCAUCAGCAUCGCCGUGGGCUCUCGGGCCGUCGCCAUCGACCGGUCCAGCUUCAUACGUGACCUCUGCUUCUUCCUCCUGGUGCUGAGCUCCCUGCUCGCCAUAUUGAUCGUUGGCAAGAUCGGUGUUUGGGGCUCCAUGGCCUUCGCGUCCCUCUACAUUGCGUAUGUUGUUCUAGUGUGGGCAGGGCAUUACUGCAAGGAGAAGCAGAGCGAACUGGUGGUGCCGAUUCUUGAUGGCCUUAUGGUGGAAGAAGAAGAAGACACCGUAGCGAAAGAUGUCGAAGAAGGUGUUCGACCAAAUGAGAAGUCCCAGGUCUCACAGUACCUGAGCUGGUUUCUGUAUCUGCUAGAGAUGCCACUAAAUCUGCCAAGAAGACUCACAAUACCAGAUGUGUCCGAGGAGAGAUGGUCAAAGCCAUUUGCAGUUGCUUCAGUGAGCCUAUCCCCACUCUUCUUGGCAACUCUUUGGAUCUCCCAAAGAGGAGAAGUAGGCUCAGAAGAGAGGAUUACAACCUAUGUUCUUGGUAGCGUGGCGGGGAUGGUGCUGGGGAUCAUUGCAAUUGGGACCACUGAGAAGUCUGCACCUCCAAAGGCAUGCCUGCUGCCUUGGCUUGCAGGUGGGUUCCUGAUGAGCGUGAUCUGGUCUUACAUGAUAGCAGGGGAGCUAGUGGCACUGCUGGUGGCCAUCGGUGACAUAGCUGGGAUCAGCCCUCUGGUUCUGGGAUUCACUGUCUUGGCAUGGGGCAACUCACUGGGGGACCUGAUUGCCAAUGUUGCAUUGGCAGUCAGUGGUCGAGGGGAUGGAGUUCAGAUUGCCAUCUCUGGGUGCUAUGCAGGUCCAAUCUUCAACACAUUGGUAGGCCUGGGUGUGUCCCUUGUGCUGGCUUCUGGGGCUUCACACCCCUCUCCCUUUGUAGUCCCUCAGGAUAGAGCUAUCUUUGAGACACUAGGGUUCCUGAUAGGAGGUCUGCUGUGGGCUCUUCUCAUGCUGCCAAGGAGGAAGAUGAAGCCAGACAGGGUGCUGGGCAUUGGACUGUUGGCUAUCUACUUGACAUUUCUGUGUUGGAGGCUCUUUGAGAGCCUUCAGCUGGUGAAACUUGGAAUGCCUCUCAACGUGUAACAAGCCAUUCCGAUGCUCUUAAUUGGAGGCUGUGUGCUGAUUGAUAUAGGAUAUACAAAUGUAUACUGCUGCUACACUAAUUUAAAUAUCUGAUUCUGCUGAGUUUGGGAGUCCAACAAUGACAAUGAUGCUCAUUUCAUGUUCUAGUCCUCUGCAGUGGAAAUAUAUCAAGGAGAACAUUCCUUAGCUUAUAGUCUGUUGAGCUUGGACAUGUUAGAGUAUAACUCAUCCAUGCUUCUGGAGAAGAAGGAGAAGUGUUAGGUGAUAAGGCAGCUAUUGUUUCAGUCAAUCAGAAAAAGAUGGAGUCUAUUGAGGAAUGCUACUGUGUUUCUCCAUGUUUUUGGUGUGAUGGUGGUUAUGGUCCAGCAGAGUAAAGGCAUCAUCAAGUGCAUCAUAUUUUAGCCUUGAAAGAAAGCUGUCAUUUUGUUUAGCAUUUGAAUAUGUGAUGAUUAAAAAUCAGUGAAUCAAGAAAUAAGAUCACUUAUUGUAGUCAUAGGUCACAGCUGGCCUACAAUUUCUUCUGGUGAAGGCAUUUACUGUCAUCCUCAUCCAUGCUUUCCCAUUCAUGGGAGACUCUCCUACACUGCUUCGCUUGGAACUUUCCUCCCCAAGAGCAGUUUGAGGUCCACAAGCAAAGGAUGACGCUUACUCUGAUGCAUCCACCAGUGUCUGUCAGUCUGAGGUGCUGCAUGAAUUGAAUGGAUCCAAAAGAGAUAACCAUGUCUGAUCUCCUCCCAUUGAAACGAGUGGAAACUCUUGUGGACUGGUUGUGGCCUCUCCUCAGAUACAUCUAACAGAGAGGGUUGGACAAGAUUGGGUAGCUUUGGCUUUAAGGCUCUGUUGACAGCCUCAUCUGCAGAUUUAUUUAUGCCAAGUUCAUGAAUGCCACAUCUUUGAUGCCACCCCCUCAGAAUUUGCUAUCAAGCUGCUAAUAAUUGCAGGUGACUGCUAUUAUUUUGUAUUGUCAAAUGUCAGUCUUUAGCAUCAGUUUGACAUGAUGAUGAGAUUGAGGCUAUCAGUGGAGAAUGGAGAGCCAAGGCAAGGCCAUGUCUAUGUUCAUGACCUGCAAGUUUGGUCAUGGUCUAAAAUGUUAUCAACUCAAGUCUGGUUAUUUAACUCCCAUUGUUUUCCUAUAGAGUUAGACAAAGAAGAAGACAAAAGAGAGUAGGUGUAACUGUCAAA